AUGUGCCAUACACAAAGCUCUGAUCCAGACGACUUCAACAAUUCUUCAAACAAUGGGAAUGUCCAUAGUUCCCCAGCAAAUAAUAGUGAAGUUUCAUAUGAAACUGUUUUAGCCAUCAUCGAGGCAAACAAUUGUUUUUUAGUUUCCGUUCUAGAAAAGUAUCAAGAAAUGACUCAAACUAUGAAUGAAUUUGAGCUUACUCUGCAAGAUAUUAAGAGCAAUUCAGCUACUGGAAAUUAUUAUUCUUCUUUAAUAAACUUCAGAAAAUAUUAAAAUAUUACUAAAUGAUUAUUAGUUUAUAUUGUCUGGCAUAA